AUCAAGAUAGCUGUUAACGUGAUUACAUCCACUCUCGCACACAGCUCUCUGACUUUCCAUUAAUGCUUACCCUCCCAACUCUUGGGAGAUUUAACGAUCACUACACACCUCACCAAUUACAGCAUUAUAGCCUCCACCGCGCCUUUCUCUGGAUGAAUGAAUGAAUGGAGGAGCCUGCCACGUGCGGCCGACUGGCCGUCUCCAGCCUCUUUAAGGGUCGAGGAGGCGGCUGCGGAGAGUUGCGCGGGGGGAAUCACGACUGGGAUCUCUCGGAGUGGACCCCGGUCGGUCCCCGGGUCUGAAGGCGCGUGCUCCCCCGGGAUCCCGGGCGCCCCGAGCGUGCUCGCGCCCGCGCCCGCGGCCGCCGAGCCCGGGGCGCAAGUGCGUCCGUCCGCGGGGGUCCCUGCGGUGCGAGCGCCCAAGUGCUGCGCAAGUGAAAGAUGGAAGGCGAGGGGCGAUCUGGGCACCGGACCAGCUGCGCCAGGGGAGGGGAGCGCGUGGAAGGAGAGGCACGCGGACGCGGCGCCAGCUAGGGAAGGAGCCUCCCGACGGCCAUGGAGGCUGAAGAAACGAUGGAAUGCCUUCAGGAGUUUCCUGAACAUCAUAAAAUGAUCUUGGACCGAUUGAAUGAACAACGGGAGCAGGACCGGUUUACAGACAUCACCCUGAUUGUCGACGGACACCAUUUUAAGGCCCACAAGGCUGUUUUGGCUGCCUGCAGUAAGUUCUUCUACAAAUUCUUUCAGGAGUUUACUCAGGAACCUUUGGUUGAGAUUGAAGGUGUUAGUAAAAUGGCUUUUCGUCACUUAAUUGAGUUCACGUACACAGCAAAACUAAUGAUACAGGGAGAAGAAGAAGCCAAUGACGUGUGGAAGGCAGCAGAGUUUCUACAAAUGCUGGAGGCCAUUAAAGCCCUUGAAGUCCGGAACAAAGAAAACUCAGCUCCAUUAGAGGAAAAUACCACGGGAAAAAAUGAGGCCAAAAAAAGAAAGAUUGCAGAAACUUCGAAUGUUAUCACUGAAUCACUGCCAUCUGCAGAGUCAGAACCUGUGGAGAUUGAGGUGGAGAUUGCGGAAGGCACAAUUGAAGUAGAAGACGAAAGUGUGGAACCUCUGGAGGAGGUGGCUGCUGCUAAGCAGUCGAUAAAGUACAUACAGAGCACAGGCUCCUCGGAUGAGUCCGCUCUAGCACUGUUGGCGGACAUUACCAGCAAGUACCGCCAAGGUGAAAGCAAAGGACAGAUUAGUGAAGAUGACUGUGCAUCUGACCCCAUAAGCAAACAGGUAGAAGGUAUUGAAAUUGUGGAACUUCAGCUGUCACAUGUGAAGGACUUGUUCCAUUGUGAGAAAUGUAACCGUUCGUUUAAAUUGUUUUACCAUUUUAAGGAACACAUGAAAUCACACUCCACUGAGAGUUUCAAGUGUGAAAUAUGCAAUAAAAGGUAUCUCCGAGAGAGUGCGUGGAAACAGCACCUCAGCUGUUACCACCUUGAAGAAGGUGGGGUGAGUAAGAAGCAAAGAACUGGGAAAAAAAUUCACAUAUGCCAGUACUGUGACAAACAGUUUGACCACUUUGGACACUUUAAAGAGCACCUUCGAAAACAUACAGGUGAAAAACCUUUUGAAUGUUCAAAUUGUCAUGAGCGGUUUGCUAGAAAUAGCACUCUCAAAUGUCACCUCACUGCAUGCCAAACUGGAGUAGGGGCAAAAAAGGGAAGGAAGAAGCUUUACGAAUGCCAGGUCUGUAACAGUGUGUUUAACAGCUGGGACCAGUUCAAAGAUCACUUGGUAAUUCACACUGGAGAUAAACCCAACCAUUGUACUCUAUGUGACUUGUGGUUUAUGCAAGGAAAUGAAUUAAGGAGGCAUCUUAGUGAUGCUCACAAUAUUUCAGAGCGUAUAGUGACUGAAGAGGUUCUUUCAGUGGAAACACAUGUACAGACUGAACCAGUGACGUCAAUGACUAUUAUAGAACAAGUUGGGAAGGUGCAUGUAUUACCGCUGCUUCAGGUCCAGGUGGAUUCAGCACAAGUAACUGUGGAACAGGUCCAUCCAGAUCUGCUCCAGGACGGCCAAGUGCACGAUUCACACAUGAGUGAGCUUCCAGAGCAGGUCCAAGUGAGUUAUCUGGAAGUGGGUCGGAUUCAGACUGAAGAAGGCACAGAGGUGCAUGUGGAGGAGCUGCAUGUUGAACGGGUAAACCAGAUGCCAGUUGAAGUACAAACUGAGCUUCUAGAAGCUGACUUGGAUCACAUGACCCCCGAAAUCAUGAGCCAAGAGGAGAGCGAGCCUAGCCAUGCAGAUGCUGCUGAGGCUGCCAUGGAAGAUUCCGAAGAUGCUGAGGGGCUAGAGACCACCCCAGGAGAGUGUUCCCAAGCUGGAGAAGCAGAGGAUGACAGGACGUCUGUGCCAGUUUUAGAAUGAAAGAACAAUUAUUUUUAAAUUUACAUGUGGGGUAAACUGAUGGGCAGUGUGACCUUAAGCUAUCAGAUAAGUGGACCAAAGUUAUACUAUUUCCUGUUGUGCUGAACUGUUUCUAUGGAAACAGACUGAUGUCCUUCCUUCCAGUUAAUGCCACAGAGAGGGAAUAUUUCUCAUAAUGAGUGAAAGCUUUGAGAAGUAUAUUUCUGGUAACUUAAAUGAAUUAUAUUCUUAUUAUAUAGUUGGGUACGAAUGCAUCUAUUUUCAUUGUGGUAAGGGUCUCCGUAUUCUCUUCCCCAGGUCAUGUCCUCCCUUAAAUUCUUUGCAUCUUAUAAAACCAUACAUAAAACCAUUAGAAUACAUCUCUUUGUAUUCUAAUGCAUGUUAGGAAAUCGAGUAUGUAAUGUAGGCAACACAGGCUGCAUGAGGGACGUGCAUUGUUACUGUGCAGUUAACAUUGGGGUCUGGCUGGCUUUAUUUUGAACAACCUUCUUGUCUGUCCAGUGGUUGCAAAUGCUGUCUCCAAAACAAAUGGUAGUGGCAGAAUUCCUAGAAUGUUUUAAAAAACAAACAAACAAACAAAAAAACCACCCUUGUGCCUUUUCAAAACCAACAAAACUCCUUCGGUAAAACACCUCUGCUUCUCUGAAAGUGUGUUUUAAGGAGCAGUAUAAACUGCUCUGAUACUUGGUGUUUUUUGCUUAAGGACAACUACCAAUUCUUUUUCCUUUAAGUUACAUUGAGAAUUUUUCAUUUAACGGCAGCUGAAGGGCCAUUUUCAAUUGGAAAAAUUCAUUUACAUCUGUGGUAAACUUUAUUUUGAUGAGAAGUUGCACUAAUAUUUUACCACCAGAUGAAAAAAACAGUUAGAUGAGCAUCAUUUUAAAAUUAAUGUAUUUAAAAUAAAGUACAGAGGAAAAGUAUGUAUAUAAUAUAUCAGGCUUUGUUUUGAAUGGAAUCUUUUCCCCCAAUCCUUAAUGUAAAGAUUUUGUGCUAUAACUUUUAAAGCCAUACAAAUAAGAGUGCUAAACUGUGGACUUAAAAGUAGGUGUGUAAAUAUUUUUAAUCAGUAUUACUUGGAAAAUAAAAAUAUAACAACCACAAAAUCAAUAUGCUAUUUUCUUUACCUGUUAAAUACUGGGAGAUAUUUACAUUUUAAAGUAAACUUUAAAAUUAUG